CCCAGGCGGGAGCAGGGCGACAGCAGCCGCGGCCCGGGGCGCCGCCGCCUCGCGCCGAGCCCGCCGCCGGCCGCCGCUCCUCCGCAGCGAGGGGGCCCGCGGGCGCCGCCGCCGACCGGGCGAGGGGCGCAUGGCCUCGGGGCGCAUGGCCUCGGCGGGCGCGCGCCGGCUCCCCGGAGGGACGCGCGCGGCGGCCCAGCGCUGCUGCGGCUUCGCGCUCCGCCCGGCCCCGCCCCCGCCGCCGCGGCCAAUGAGAUUUCUGACGCCCUGCAGCCUUUUCUUGCCCCGCGCUGCCCGGGUCUUGGUGGCUGAGGUUGGCUUACCUCCCUCUCGUUCCUUCAUGGGCUUUGCAGCCCCCUUCACCAACAAGCGAAAGGCUUACUCCGAGCGUAGGAUCAUGGGGUACUCAAUGCAGGAGAUGUUCGAAGUGGUGUCCAAUGUCCAGGAGUAUCGUGAGUUUGUGCCUUGGUGUAAGAAGUCCUUGGUGGUAUCUAGCCGCAAAGGUCACCUGAAGGCCCAGUUAGAGGUUGGCUUUCCACCUAUAGUGGAACGUUAUACGUCUGCUGUUUCCAUGGUCAAACCUCACAUGGUCAAGGCUGUUUGCACUGAUGGCAAGCUCUUCAACCACUUAGAGACCAUUUGGCGAUUCAGCCCUGGUAUUCCUGCCUAUCCUCGAACUUGCACUGUGGACUUUUCGAUUUCCUUUGAAUUUCGUUCUCUACUGCACUCCCAGCUGGCCACCAUGUUUUUCGAUGAGGUUGUCAAACAGAACGUCGCUGCCUUCGAACGUCGGGCAGCCACCAAGUUUGGUCCAGAAACAGCCAUCCCCCGUGAACUGAUGUUCCAUGAGGUGCACCAGACUUGAGGAAGGAUUGUUCCCUGGCCUCUCCUCUCCCUCCCAACCCAAUUCUCUUAUUUAUUUCAUUUGACUUCUGCUCCAAUGUAACAGAAGAGUCUGUGUUCAUAAUGAUAUUCUCCCUCUCAAUUCCCCAGAAAUUGGGUUAUAAGCUGGCUGGAAAUGCUGGGGCAGAAAAGCAGGAGGUUAUGGAAAGAAGACGUGCCUAGGAAAUGGUCAGGCUCAUCUUGAGAGCCUCAUAUGUCUGAUGUCUGCAGCCUUCUCACGGGGAAUUAUAAUCACGACUGUUGGUUGUCUUUGGACCCUGUCAAGAUGCCUUAGUGUCUGACCAGGGGAACAUUGCAACUUUUCCAGAGAUUGAAUAAACUGAACUUUUUCCUCUGACAGAGAGGUAUUGGGUAGUCAAUAACCUGCCUGCCUGAGAUGUCUCAGAAAAUGCUAGAUCUGGCCCCAGCUUGAAAUCUAUAUGAACUCACUUUAAGAAUAUUUCCAUGCUGCCUGCUUAGUGGAGAGCAAGGGGCUGUCAACAUCAGUGCCACAGGGGCAAGGAGAAUAAAAGCACUGAAGAGAAUUGUACUCUUGGGUUGUACCUUUUUCUUCCACUUGGCUGAGUUUUUAUAAAAUUUCAAUAAAUUAAUUGUGACAGUGAA